AAACAUCAGUUGAAACUCUGUUGCAGAUGUGUAGUUGGCAGUAACAGUUCCUUUUGUGUGCAUAGCUUGGAGUAAAUCAUUAUUAGAAGAGGAACUGAAAAGAAUGGAAGUGGAUGGUGAGAUGGACCAGAAAUUCCUUCAGCAAUUCCGGUGCUUGGGAACCACAGAUAAAGAGGAAUUAGUGAUGGAGUUGAAAAGAUACAUUGGACCACACAUCAAUGAUGAUACAGCAGCGUUCUUCCUUGACAUGAGUGACUGGAAUCUGCAAGAUGCUAUCUGCUCAUAUUUUGAUGUGGAAAAUCUUGAGAAUCUACCAUCGAUGACCUUCAUUCGAGAUGAUACCAUUGGAGAGGGUGAGAGUAUCCCCCCAAACACAAAGUUCACAAAAAAAUGGGAGUUGCAGAAUUCAGGUACAAGUAAAUGGCCUGCAGGAUGCAUCUUGAAAUUCAGUGGAGGGGUACAAAUGGCACGACAAGACAGGGUAAUAUUAGAUCAACUUCAACCUGGAGAAAGGAUGGUAGUGUGUCUAGAGAUGACCAGCCCUGGAGAACCAGGAAUAUAUGAAGGGAAGUGGCGUGUGAGUACAGCCACAGGAUCAUAUUUUGGGGAUGUGAUAUGGGUGAUAGUGACUGUGAGUGAAGGAGGAACAUUGGCCCUGAUGCAACAGCUAUCACAGAUGCAAGACCUUGGCUCCCCAGAAGGGAAAAUAACCUCUUGCCCUCAUGGGAAUCCUUUCUAUAGGCACUUACCUGAAAGAAUUCCUGGGAGAAGGAAGGAAGACAAUGGACCUGAUGAGGAUCACCAGUCAAUGCAGACAUGAUGUUAACUGAUUCUUCUUGAUUGACUCUUUACUGUGAUAUCUUUAUCUUUCCUGUUUAUUGCUGGCACAUGUCAUGUUCAGGAAUGUAGACGGAGCCAUUGCUGAUGCUCACAAAAGGAAAAAUAAAGUUGCCAGCUUCCUCAAACAGCCA